AUGUUCACGGAGCUGAGGACCAAGCCGAGCCCCCCGCGAGGCCGCGCCGGGGCUGUGCGCGCCGGCUUCGGGGAGCGCCGGGAUGUGGACGCCACUGCCCACUUCAGUUUCUGCCGGACCCUCCUGGAGCACACGGUGUCGGCCGAGAGCAUCCCCUGCCCCCUGCCGCGGACCCCGGGCACCAGCCUCACGUGGCACGACUCCCGCAGCCAGAGGGCAGCUGGCAGCCGGCAGGUCAAGCUCCUUCAGCAGCCCGGCACCGAGGCCCCCCAGGGCCGGCCGUACUCUGACCACGAUGGCCUGUACCACACGAGCCCCUCCCUGGGUGGCCCGGCGAGGCCCGUGGUCCUGUGGAGUCAGCAGGACGUCUGCAAGUGGCUCAAGAGGCAGUGUCCCCACAAUUACCUCAUCUACGUGGAGGCCUUCUCCCAGCACGCCAUCACCGGCCGGGCACUGCUGCGGCUGAACGCGGAGAAGCUGCAACGGAUGGGGCUGGCGCAGGAGGCGCAGCGACAGGAGGUGCUGCAGCAGCUGCUGCGCCUGCAGGUGCGCGAGGAGGGGCGGAGCCUGCAGCUGCUCAGCCAAGCUUCCUUCGGAAACAUGUCCUAGCUGCUGCCUAGGCUUGAACGCCGGACCUCAGCACUGUGACCGGAGCCCCUGACAAGCACGAGGCAGAGCUGGCCGUGCAGCCCCUCUCAGACCCCGCGUGAGGCCCCAGGGGCCAAGCCCAGCCCCAUGGACAGGUGGGACGAGCAUCGCCACCUCCAGCCACCUCUGGCUGUGCACUCCGGGCCGUGCCUGGGAGUGGGCGGGCGGGCAGGCAGGGGCUGCUUGAGUGGGGCCCUUCCUCCC